AUGAAUCUCGGUAUAUUCGCUCUUGCCCCUCGAGGCUAUUGGAAUUCUUCUGGACCAUUUCCAUUCCCAUUCACGUGCUUCAGUAGACCUUCUCAUCGGCUUACUGAGGCGGGGGUUGUGAUUGACUAUCAACGAGGAUUGAAUCAUUUGCUUGAAACAACGGAUGCUCCAAUUUGGCUCCUGGGGCAUUCUCUCGGGGCUGCUGCUGCUGUUCAACUCCUUCAUCGGGUUUCACUAACUGAUCCAAAGGGAGACGUAAGAUACAAGAGGAUUAGGGGGAUGAUACUCGAGAAUCCACUUCCAUCCAUCCGAAAAAUGGUCAAAGUACUUUACCCAUCCCCAUAUGUUCCAUAUCACUAUCUAGGACCAUUCGUACGAGAUAAAUGGGAUACCAUCAAAGCUUUUGAAUCUUCACAUCAUUCGAAAAAUUCAAUAUUUUCAACAAUACCUCUCUUGGUACUUCAGAGUGAAAGAGACGAACUUGUACCACCUAGUUUGACUAGGAGAGUAUAUGAAGCUGCUAUUGGAAAACCGAUGGGACUGAAGAAUGAUCAUCUGAUUGGUAAGAAUGUUAUCCAGCGAUAUCGUUCCAUUCCUAGAGCUUUACAUGAUGAUGCGUAUACGAAACCACGCUACCGGCUUGAAAUUUUUCAGUUUAUUAGAGACACCAUUUCUUCUCAUGGAAAUUGA